UGAAGGUGUGGGCUAUAACUGCAGCAUACGACUACCUGUAUCAUUAGCAUCAUUUCAGAAAUGCUUAGAGGCACUGUGUAGCUGUUUCCUACUCUGAGCCUGAGUCAACUGCUUCCUUUGAGGAUAAAAAACGAGACAAACGAAGAAAUACAGCCUGAAUGUGGUCUCCUUUGUUCAUAACAGUCAAAGGCAUUUCUGGUCUUCACUUAAAGAGGAGCAAUACUGAACAACUGCACGCACAAGUAUGGGCUUUCUCCAAGAAAAAGUGCUAUGCUGCCUAAUGUGGAUCUGCGUUUGCUUGAAGGGAAAUUAUGGUGAACACAUAUGUAAAGCAGGUGAGAUGAAAGAACACAACAGUGGAAACUGCAUACCCUGCUUAGAUUUACAGUAUCAGUCAACACCCAAUAAAGAAAGCUUCUGUAGAACUUGUGGGACUUGUUUUGAAGAAAUGGGAAGUGAGCUUAUUUCAAAGUGUACAAAGACAGCCAAUACGAAGUGCCAGUGCCGAAAGGGAUUUGUCCCAAAAAGAGGCAGCAGUUCCUGCAAGUGCGACAAGGGUUCUGAGUUGGAUGACACCAGGAAGAACUGUCGACGAUGUCCAGCCGGAUACUUCAACACUGAGGCUGGCAAGAAAUGCACACCAUGGACAGACUGUGGGAAGCAGGGGGUGAAGACCAAUGGCUCUCACCAGCAGAACGUGGUCUGCCAUGAGGGUCCGUGGACUUCUGCCCCGGCCCGUGAGGGGAAGCACCUCAGCGCGCCCGUGGCUGUCCCUAUGACUCCGCCCCUUACCGCCACCACCCCCACCCCUCCCGCCUUUCCCUUCACCACCUCCGUCUCUAUAAGGACAACUCGGCCACCAGGGCACAACUCUGGUUUCCCAGGCUACACCAUCGCUGUGCCACCAGUGCUCCUUCUGAUCCUUCUGUCUCCUAUCAUCUGCAAGAAACUCAUCAUUCCUUUCAUCCAGAACUAUAAGAAGAAGGCAGACACACCCUGCCGCAGACCCGUAGAGGAGAGUGGAGACAGCAGCCGUUCUUCGCUGGUGAAGUCAAGCCUGGGUCAGCCAUGACAUCACACGCAGUCCUCUCAAACAGUCCUAAACUAUCUCAGCAUUUCUCAUUGGGUGUUUCCUGAUCUCCUUGUGGGUAGGAGUCUUGCCCACUAAAUAAAUAAUUAGUUAAUUAGUGCUUAAGAAAAUGCCAGUUUAUUAUCCCUCAUAUGGGCAUGCCAAUCACAAGUCACCACUGAUUCAUACACAAAUUCUAGCUGUCUAUAUUAUUUGGCUCAAAUAUGUUUUAGGACUGUGAAAUUUGUAUGCAGCUGUUUGUUCUGUUUGUGGAUUUACCCUUUAUUUUUGUUUUGUAGUCUUUCUUCUGUAAGACUUUCCAAAGAUUCUGCAUGUUGUAGAGGUUAUGGUGUUUAAUCAUGACAUGGUAAGUGACUAUAAUUCAUGGAACACACCACUCAAAAUAAGUUUUUUAAAUUUUUCUUGUAUACAUUUUAGCAAAUGCUGAUUGUGUAGAUUGUUGUGAUCACGCACAAUAUAUAAUCUUCAUCAUAUGAAAUAAGUUGUGUGGGAUGCAUGUUGUGUUGUUAUAUCCAUUUAUUAUUAGACUUACCUCACUUUUUGGGCUUAGAACCUACAGUAGAUACCCUGAUACUCGGUUUGCCCAAUUUAGCCAAGGAGAUUACAUUUUGUCAGUAAAAUAGUUACUAAUAGUUACUUCUCCAUGGUCUCAUAUAGUAGAUCGGGCUCCAAAUGGAGGCAGUAAUUCAAAUGUAAUUCAUCUAAGUCUGUGUAGAUUGUGUUAAUACAGUUUUAACAUUUAAUAAAAAUAAAUAAAUGAUAUAAACUUCUUGCUAGGAGGUAUCAAUAGCUAGCUACUUAGCACAUGUAAAUGAGGACUAUAGUAACUAAACCUGGCCAACAAAUGUUUGCUCACCAGCCUGCUGGAAACUAUUUGUUUUCAUUUGUAGAAAGGGGAAAACUGCACUAUUUCAUUUUAGUAUAUUCUAGGCCAGACUUUAGUAUAUUCUAAGAAUCUACUAAGAAGGCAGACAAGUACAUCUCAGAACAAUGGUGUUGCAAUUCCAUCAGAGAAAGAUGCAAUGAUUGCAGCAAUGACCCUUGGAAAGUAAUAGGCUUUAAAAUAUAUCUGUAUUUACUGUACAGUUGGCUGUAGUAGCAGUGGGGUAAGGUCAAAGCUGAGAAACACGGGGAAGUACAUUAAGAAACAGGAUGAAAUCACCAAUCCACUCAACACUGGAUGAAACUUAACUAAACUAACAAAUCGGAUUGGCUCUGGAAAAAACCUAAAAAUCUCAAACUCACUUUGCUUUCCGAACGCUCUAAAGAUAGGGCACCUGAGGUUGAAACUUGAACCAAUGACUGCAUCAGGUUUGGUAAUGUUCAGUCCCGGAGGACGUUCUAUUUUCCUUUUGAUUAGGAAGUGAAAUACACUUUACCUACUCAGCUUAGGUGACUACUCUUCUGCAUUGCAAUUUAAAAUGUUUUAGGCCAGUUUUGUAGACACAGAUUCACAGACACGAGCUUAGUCUGGGACUAAAUUGGGUUUUGUAUGCUGAAUCUCCAGUCUACGCCUAGGAUUAAUCAGUGUCUGUGAAGCCGUCUGUCUGUGCAGUUGAAAUUGUACUUCCCUCUAGGGUCUUUCAGCGAACUUAUCCCUGGUUAUGGGUAUGCACUUUGUUGUACGUCGCUCUGAAUAAGAGCAUCUGCCAAAUGCCAAUAAUGUAAUGUAAUGUAAUGUAAGCCGGGCCCUAAAUGUUCAGAGUUUUAGUGAUGUGUUUCUACCUGGCACAGUGACUGAUGCAACUCUUAUCCAAAUGUAUGUUUUAAUAAUAAUAAUAAUAAUAAUAAUAAUAAUAAUAAUAAUGAAACCACGGGGAAGCCCUUACAAAAACAAGGGCUGCAGUUCAACUGUCGAUGUAAUGAUUUAAAUGAUUAUUUUGGACAUAGUUUUGCACACACUUGUUUUUUUAUUGCAAUAUUACUGUAGUGACAAUGCAGUUUAACUACUUAAUAUACAGUAUUCAAGAAGUUUUUUUUGGAUGGAAGUACAUAACUCUGAUCACACACAGUGCAGCCUUCAUGAACAGGGGUGGGAGUUUGUGUGUGUGUGUGUGUGUGUGUGAUUUUUUCUUCUUUUUUUUUGGGUGUUGCCCUUCUGAGAUAAGUGCUGCUGAAUGGGAAGGUGGGUCAACUAUGAUGUGUGGGUCCAGGGACCUGUUCCACAAAGCAGGGUUACUGAGUUAGCUGGAUAAUUGCAUGAUGUAAAGUCCCAAACAACAUGCAUUUGCUUCAGUCCAUGUUCCUGAUUUGGGUGAGGUCAAACUGAGGGCAUCCGCAGUCUGACCGCAGUUCUGCACCAUCUGGUGGUACCAGCAAAAAAUGUGACAUGUUAAUAACUGCAUUU